AUGGAGAACUGUGACGCUGGCCAAGACACCUGUGUCAUUGCCUACACGGAAACCUCAUUAGGUUGGUCGUCUGAGACAGACAAGUCCGGAAAUGCUUCCUUGCAGUGAGGAUGGGCAGGGGAAGUUGUGCUCCCAGAUCUCUACAGCCUCUACUAAGCCUACAGCUCAAAUGAGAAGCAAGAGCUUUGCACACUUACAGCAAAGUGAGGACUUAAUUUGCUCUUUCAGAACAAGAGUUUGACAGCAAUCAGCCUCAUGCCUUUGGCAUGACAGAGCCAGGGACAGAACACUCAACUAGCAUGACUCCUAAUGGUUGGCAAGAGAAAGAGAAGGGAUGCUUGUGUAUGCCUAUAUACAUAAAAAUAUGAGGCUGUUGUCACGCUGCAGUUUGCUGGGAGGGGAGGAAGAGGGGAGGAAGAGGGACAAGGCAAGCUGGGAGGGGAGGGACUUGGAGUGAGUUGUGGGGCAGAUAGGCAUGGGUGGGGUAAAAAUGGAACUGGGGUUUAAACAGGUGUGGCGGAAAGGUGGUGUCAGGAUGCUGUCAGCAGCCCCUGGCUGGUUGCCCAGGAAAGUAUAAAGACAAGGAAAAGUUUCCUUCAGUCCUUUUUUAUUUCAAACUUUACAGAGAGAGGCUGUAGAACCCAGCCUUUUGGAUAAUGGUGUUGUCCCAAGUGAAUCUCCACCCCCCCUGUCUCUCCCACUUCCUCAUUCGUCACUUCUACGGGUGCUGCUAAGUGCCCUCUGUCUUCGAGUUCUUUGCUCUCCUACUUUCAAGGCUCUCUGGGUUCUGGGAGAUGGUGGGUCUGGAAUGCUUUCUAGUGACAAUAUGUCAACCAGCUGCUGCUUUGGCUCUGCCUGCCCCUUCUCUCCCAGUAUUUCCCAACUUUUCCCUGCAUCUGCCUCUGAGCUCUGACCUCCGCAGACCACUGUUUGUAAAUCUAGACUGUCUUUCUUUUUCUCCUCCUUGGAAGGGUCAGGAUGGGGAGGCAAUCUCCACUAUUCCUCCUCCUCUGCCCGGUCCCUGACAGGUGGCUAUCAAAGAGGUAGGUGAGGUUGAUGAGCAGCUCAAGCAGGGGCAGCAGUCUUGAGUGUGUGUACAAGUGUAAAAAUUGUGAUACCGUACCAAUAUUCAUAUCUUGAAAGAAGAAAAAGAAGAACAAGAAAAAGAAUGGCGCCAAUAAGCUUUGAAUCUGGAUGAUCCUGUGCUGCCGAAACACCUGUAGGAACAACCCAGACGAUUUUUCUCCCAGAGGAAUUUCGACCCAGCAAUACAGAGCUAAUUUGCACAGGUAUAGGGUGAGAAUAGUUGGUGUCUGCAGCUUUUUAACCAAAUCCCAUUUUUUCCCCUGUGCAGGUGAAGUGACAACACAGUCAGUCUCAAAGAGCUGUGCAUCCUCAGGUGUCUGCAACAGCCCCCCAACGUACAUGAAUUUUGGGCAGGGGAAAUACAUUCGCUCCCACAUCACCUGUUGCGUGGGAGAUGCUUGCAGGGCAGUAUCUCCUCAAUGUAUGUAUCUGUGAGUUGCCAGUGAUCAUACAAUCUGGAAAGUUCUUCUGUCCCUUUAAAACAGAUGUGGGGAACUGGACGUGACCAGUGGGCCAUAUUCUUAUCUCCCCUACCCUGCUGUGGGCCAAAUAAUUACAAAUAAUUAUGGCCAGACUUAUGGUGUUGUCCACAGGGGCAUCCUUGGGGGAAGUUAUCAGUGCCCACGUGGCCCAGUGGUGUAGUGUGGGGCUGGGAGGGGGUUGUGGCCCCAGACGCAUUUUGGGAGGGGGCAUGACCUAUGCUCCUAUGUUGUCUGGAGAUGUAUCUCAGAAGUAGAGCAAUUGCUUUGCAUGCAAAAGGUUCUAGGUUUGAUCCCUGACAUUUCCAGGUAAAUUUGGGAAUGUUUCUUGCCUGAAACCCUGGAUAGCAACUGACUGGCAAUAGAGACAUUAUGAAGCUAGAUAGACCAAUAGCCUGAUUCGGUUUAACAUAGCUUCCUAUGGUCUUCCGUGUUUAUGUGUUAUGCUGGGGGGAAAACAAGCAGCUAAUAAAACUCUUCUAAAAUUCACAAUAUUUCUGCACAGGGCUGCACCAUCAGAAUUCUUGAAGCCAUGUUCAAUACUUUUGUUUUUAAUUGAUUUUUAUUAAGUUUUCAAAGAUUUUAACAAAUCUACUUCACAGGCAACGUGCCAUUCUCUUAGAUUUUUCUUUUUGACCUCCCAUCCUUCCGUUCCUGAUGUUUUUGUUCCUAUUCUUGGUUGCUGCCUUAUACUUGUUACCAACCCCCCCAUACCAUUUUACCGGCAAAAAUUUUUUACCGUUUUUUUGUUUUAUUUUUCUGCCACUCAUAUCUCGAAUCCUGCUUGUGACUUCAUAUCACUAUAAUACUUUGUCAGAUCUUCAAAAAUAAAAAUAAAAAAGCACCUCCAGUUUUCCAUAGGAAGUUCAUCUUUGUUUUACAGUCACAAUAGCCAGUACUUAUUGGCAAAACCUAUUGGUGUUUCGCAACUUUCUGACUAGCUGCAGGACCUUAGCCAGACCUAGCAGAGUAAACGCAGAGUUCAUGAAAGCAAUUGGCAACUUGGCUGCAGACAGGAUGGACGAAACAAGAACCAGGAACUUGUAGUUAUAGCUGUUUAUUAUAUACAGUGGACUAAUUACAGGAACAGAACAGAACACAGAUCUUUGACUAACUCUCUCAUACAUGACUCUCAACACUCUCAACUGAAACUCGUACUAACACAUUCCAGUUAGUAGGCCAUUAAUCAUUAUUCCCGUGAGAGAGCUUGACCAAUCAUAGAGCUGUCUCCAUGCCUCUGUAUCGCCAGGCAGACUUAUUCCUUCACAUUGCCUUGGCUGUCAGCCAAACCUUAAUUGACUCUGUGUGAGUAGCUGCAUGUAUUCAGAUUCCCAACAGUACUUAUAGAUGUUUUCUGAAUGUCUUCAUGGGCAGCCCCAUAUGUUUGUAACUUCCUGUGUUUGUAACUUCCUACAUUCGUAACUUUAAAAUCCAGCAAGAAAAUUAGAUGGUGAGAAUUGGAAGCAUCCACACAUGUGUGCUGCCUGGAGCGGGGAACAGAGGGAGUAGCUGAAUUGUGUCAGCUGCCAACUUUGCUUUGCCUAACAAGCUGACCAUUUACCAUUUCCCUCUCUAUAUGGUUUCAGUGCCACCAGCAUUGGACAAACCUAAUGGCAAGCAGUGCCCAGGCUGCUACUCUUUGUUACCCGGUGGUUGUGAAACAGAGACAGUGGAUUGCAUUGGAACCGAGGACUACUGCCUUGAAUUGGAGGAGAAAGUCACAUAUGGUAAUUCUGAAUUGCGGGUCUGCGAGUGGAGAUUAGCUGGAGCCCCUGGUCAAACUGCUUCAAUGGUUACCUGCUAGCUCUGUCUGUAAAGCAUAAGACUCUUAAUCUUAGGGUUGUGGGUUCGAGCCCCAUGUUGGGCAAAAGAUUCCUGCAUUGCAGGGGAUGACCCUUCUGGCCUCUUCCAACUCUACGAUUCUAAGGCAAUUAUUUGAGGUCAACUACAAAGAGCAACAGGGAUGCGGGUGGCACUGUGGGUAAAACCUCAGCGCCUAGGACUUGCCGAUCGUCAGGUCGGCGGUUCGAAUCCCCACGGCGGGGUGCGCUCCUGUUGCUCGGUCCCAGCGCCUGCCAACCUAGCAGUUCGAAAGCACCCCCGGGUGCAAGUAGAUAAAUAGGGACCGCUUACUAGUGGGAAGGUAAAUGGUGUUUCCGUGUGCUGUGCAGGCUCGCCAGAUGCAGCUUGUCACGCUGGCCACGUAACCCGGAAGUGUCUUUGGACAGCGCUGGCCCCCGGCCUCUUAAGUGAGAUGGGCGCACAACCCUAGAGUCGGACAUGACUGGCCCGUAUGGGCGGGGGUACCUUUACCUUUACCUUACAAAGAGCAACAAAGGCCCUUAUGGCACCUUCAAGCCUGACAAAUUUGUUAUGGCAUCAGCUUGCAUGGACCACAGACCUCUUCAUCAGAUGCCCGAUGUGUUAUCUUUCGUUGCAACUACACAUAUCUGCAGUUGGAGCGGUUUGGAAAUGCAAUGACAUCAAAAGGAAAGGCAAUGACCUUAUUAAAAGUGACCAUUCCAUGCCAUGAAACAGACAUGGAGUGGAAAUCGUUCAUCUGCUCAUCCCAAAUUUCUGGGCAGGAAUGGGGAUCUUGUGUACCUCCUGGUGUUAAGAACAUAUAAGAAGAGGCGCUGCUGAAUCAGGCCAAAUGCUCAUCUACUCCAGCAUCCUGUUCUCACAGCAGCCAACCAGAUGCCUGCAGAAGACCCACAAGAGGGACAUAAGUAGAACAGCACUCUCCCUGAUUCCCAGCAAAUGGUUUUCAAAGGGCUACUGUCUCCAACAGUGGAGGUAGAACAUAGCCUUUGUGGCUAGUCACUGCAUAUAGCCUUGUCCUCCAUGAAUUUGUCUAAUCCUCUUUUAAAGCCAUCCAAUUUGUGGGCCGUCACAGCCUCUUGUGGGAACAAAUUCCAUAGUUUAACUAAGCACAGUACUUCUUCUUCUUUUGUCCACAAAGUUGGACCACACUUCCCAUCAUCCCUGACCAUUGGCCAUGUUGGCUGGGGCUAAUGAAAGUUGGGGUCCAGCAACACCUGGAGGGCCACAGACUCUCAGGUCCUGGGCUGGUGUUUUCUAUUCUUUCAUCCCUUGGCUGGUUUAGGAUACAUUUCCUUGUAUAUCUAGUCUAUUGGGUUUUCAACAAGGCCUCCGUUGACAUGGAUAGGGAAUAGCUACCAUUGUGAGGCCAGGUUACUUCUCUCUCCCACUCUCUGUCUAGCUCUUUCUCCUGACCCUGAACUUUUUGUUUCCAGGUAAAUUCACUUUCAACGUCAUCAUGAAUGGCUGUGCUUCCCAACCCGCCUGUGCUGCAAAAGUGGGCAAAGUGGCUACUGCAGGGGUUUAUACUGAUAUUACGAAAGCUGAGUGCACACCAGCUCCCAUUUCAGCUUGA